AUGGAGGGGAACCGUAUAGCUUCGUGUGAAGAGAUCAUGAGGAACAAGCAGGUGAUACUGAGGGAGCAUGUGCGAGGUUUCCCGAGGGAUGUGGACAUGGAAGUGAGGGGAAAAGUAGAUGGUUCGGUGAAGUUGAAGGUGGAAGAUGGUUCGUCCGGCGCCAUGUGGGUGAAGAACUUGUACCUCUCUUGCGAACCCAAAACCCGACUCCUCAUGGACACCAUUCGCCCUGGUUCGCCGAUCACUGGAUUUGGAGUGGCCAGAGUCGUGGACUCCGCGAAUCCAAAGUUCAAGAAAGGCGACCUGGUUUUGGGGAUCACCGGAUGGGAGGAGUACAGUUUAAUUGCUUCGUCGGAGACUUUCUUCAAGAUCGAGCACACCGACGUUCCUCUCUCCUACUAUAACGGCAUUCUCGGCAUGCCGGGUUUGUCUGCUUAUGUCGGCUUCUUCGAGCUGUGCUCUCCUAAGAAAGGAGAGUCCGUUUACAUAUCAACAGCUGCAGGAGGAGUCGGCCAGCUCGUCGGGCAGUUUGCAAAAUUGCUCGGUUGCUACGUGGUAGGCAGUGCCGGGAGCCAAGAGAAGGUUGAGCUGCUCAAGAACAAAUUUGGAUUCGACGAAGCUUUCAACUACAAGGAAGAAGCUGACCUCGAUGUAGCACUGAAAAGAUAUUUCCCCGAGGGGAUUGAUAUCUACUUCGAAAAUGGGGGAAAGAUGCUGGAUGCAGUGCUGCUCAACAUGAAGAGCCACGGCCGGAUUGCCGCAUGUGGGAUGAGCUCACAGUACAACCUCGAGCAGCCCGAGGGCACACACAACCUGAUGAAUCUCAUCCUGAAACAGGUCCGGAUGGAAGGCUUCCUGGUGUCCAGCUACUACCAUCUCUACCCGAAGUUCCUCGAGACGGUCUUGCCCCACAUCAAACAAGGGAAGAUCACGUAUGUGGAGGACAUCGUCGAGGGGCUUGAGAACGCCCCCGCGGCUCUGGUUGGGUUGUUUUCCGGUCACAAUGUCGGUAAACGGGUGAUUGUGGUUUCUCGAGAAUGAGUCGCUUCCGCAUUCUCUUGUGCUUUUUUGAAGGAUCUAUUUCCCGU